CAUCGAGCCACUAACAUCCUGAUCAACGCUGACUUGCAUUCGAACAUGGGAUCGGCACCUGACAAUCAUCACGACGCACUUGUUGUUGGCACUGGAUUUGGAGGUCUUUACACUCUUCAUCUUUUGAAGCAACUGGGGCUUAAUGUAAGAGCCAUUGAAUCAGCGCCUGAUGUGGGCGGAACGUGGUACUGGAACAGCUACCCCGGUGCGAGAAGUGAUAUCCACAGCCAUGUGUAUCGAUACUCUUGGGACAAGGAACUGCUCGAGAAACAUCCUUGGCCUAACAACUACCUUCAUCAACCGGAACUUCAGGCAUAUUUCCAGGAGGUGGCGCAAAAACACAAGCUGUAUCCUUUGAUUCAUUUCAAUACUGAACUUAGAGGGGCAGAUUGGGAUGAUCAGACCGGCCUAUGGAUAGUCUCCACAAAUACUGGACAGGAAUACACCACCCGCUACCUUGUGACGGCUAUCGGCAUUCUUCACAAUAAAAAUGUUCCUGAGAUACCGGGCCUAGAUUCAUUCAAAGGCCAGACGGUUCACAGCUCCAAUUGGAACCCACAUAUACAAUGGGAGGGAAAGCGAGUGGCCGUCAUCGGCAGCGGCGCGUCGGGAAUUCAGAUCGUGAGCAGCUUGAGCGAGAAGGCUAAAUCACUCACCCACUUCAUCCGACACGCUCAGUAUGUGAUACCAUCGCGCUUUCGAGCUGUUACGCCAGAAGAGAGGAAAGGAAUCAACGAGCGCUACGACAAGAUCUGGGAAGAUGUGUUCCUGUCGAAUACAGCCUUUGGAUUCGUAGAGCCUGGCCGCCCAACGCUAUCGCUGUCACCUGAAGAUCGAGAGAUUGUGUUUGAACGACUGUGGAGAGAAGGCAACGGUUUUCACUUCCUUUUCGGCGGCUUUUCGGACCUUGCCACGAACGAAGCCGCAAAUAAGGAAGCCAUCAAGUUCAUACACCGCAAGAUCAAGGAGACAGUUCAGGACCCACAGAAGGCAGAGGUGCUGACGUCUUCUGACUGGUUUGCUCGAAGGCCUUUGACCGACGAUCAUUACUACGAACGUUUCAAUCAGGACAAUGUCUUCGCAGUCGACCUCAAGAAGGCACCUAUCACUGAAAUUACCCCCGAUGGUAUCAAUACAGCUGACGGAAAGACUCAUGCUGUCGAUUUGAUUGUCUUUGCGACCGGGUUUGAUGCCAUUGAUGGGAGCUACACCAGACUCAACAUGCGCGGCCGUAACGGUGUCGAGCUGAAGAAGCACUGGCAGGCCGAAGGACCUAAGUCACACAUUGGCGCUGCGACGUCGGAAUUCCCAAAUCUUCUAUUCGUCAAUGGACCGGGGUCUGUUUUCGCAAACAAUCCGCCCGUGGCCGAAGUAGCGGCGGAAUUUGCCCGGGAUCUAAUCGCAAGGGCUGAGGAGGUUCGUUACAGAGAAGGCGGAAUUGGCAUCAUUGAGGCUUUGCAGGAGGCUGAGAACCGAUGGCGUGAACAGACCGAACAAGUUGCAGAGCUGACGUUGUUUUCUAAGACGCCCAGUUGGUUCUUUGGAGAAAACAUUCCAGGGAAGAAGGUUGCGCCGAGGCUGUAUUUUGGAGGCAUUGGAAGGUUUCGCGCGGCAAUAGCCGAAGAGAAAGCAGCUGGUUUUAAGGGAUUCCGGUUUCGUUAA